AUGGGUGAAGUUCUCAAUGAUCAAGUUGCUGAUAAGAAUUCGUCGAAAUAUCAUACGAUUGACAUAUGUCCGAAUCUUCAACCAGUCAAAAAAGAUUAUCAGACAAAUGCGCCCGAGCAUCAACCAAAUGCUAACUACUGGAUAAAGGAAGUUGACAAAGAAGGCGAUGAGACACGUUACAAAAUUCAACAUGUUAUUGCAAAUGGACCACACACAUCGUCCAAAGUAAAUCAUGCUAUCUUCUCGGCUUUUCUUUAUGCUUACAAUUCACAUGAAGAUAUCGUCUUGUCUCCGGAUGAUAUUUGGCUUAUGGUAUGCAUAUAUUUUUCCACCUAUGUCAAUCAAAAUGUGGAACAAUUACGAACACUUUUUGUUGAUCAUGAAGACAGAAAAUUGUUAACUAUCGUACAAGUAGGAUUGAUCGAACCCGAGUGA